CACUGGCCACGCCCCUCCUUCACUCUUCCAUUGGUCGUCACAACUUCACACCCCUCAACAAAGUUCUACGUCACAACGCAUUUAAGUUCCGCACUUCACCUCUCACCACAACAUCCACUUUCUGACUGAUUGGACCCAACACUGCCAUUAUGUCCGACCGAGGAACAUUCGACACCAACGUGGUCACCGUGACCCGGUUCGUCAUGGAGGAGGGCAGGAAGGCGAAAGGCACCGGGGAGUUGACCACGCUGCUGAACUCCCUGUGCACGGCCGUGAAGGCCAUCUCCAGCGCUGUGCGGAAAGCAGGGAUCGCCCACCUCUACGGCAUUGCAGGCAGCACUAAUGUAACAGGUGACCAGGUGAAAAAGCUGGACAUCCUCUCCAACGACCUGGUCAUCAACAUGCUCAAGUCUUCCUUUACCUCCUGCGUACUGGUGUCAGAGGAGAACGACAAUGCCAUCAUCGUAGAGCCCGAACACAGGGGCAAGUAUGUCGUUUGCUUCGACCCUCUGGAUGGCUCCUCCAACAUCGACUGCCUCGUCUCCAUCGGUACCAUCUUCGCCAUCUACAAAAAGACCACAGACGAUGAACCAUGUGAGAAGGACGCCCUGCAUCCAGGCAGAGAUCUGGUCGCAGCCGGCUACGCUCUUUACGGCAGCGCCACCAUGAUCGUACUCUCCACCGGCAACGGAGUCAACUGCUUCAUGCUUGACCCAGCAAUCGGUGAAUUUAUACUGGUUGACCGGGACGUGAAGAUCAAGAAGAGAGGCAAGAUUUACAGUUUGAACGAAGGCUACGCAAAGCACUUUGACCCCGCUGUCACAGAGUACCUGGAAAAGAAAAAGUUCCCUAAGGACGGCUCUGAACCUUACGGCGCUCGCUACAUCGGUUCCAUGGUGGCGGAUGUUCAUCGAACACUGAUGUAUGGAGGCAUCUUUUUAUACCCUGGGAAUGUGAAGAGUCCAAAGGGAAAGCUGCGGCUGCUCUACGAAUGCAACCCCAUGGCCUUCAUCAUAGAGCAGGCAGGUGGGAUGGCCUCCACCGGUCUGGAGAACAUCCUGGACAUCCAGCCAGAGAGUAUCCAUCAGCGAGCUCCUGUGGCCCUGGGUUCUCCUGAGGACGUUCUGGAAUACAUCGCCAUUUGUCAGAAACAUGCCAAGAAGUGAAGCCACACCCAAUCUCCAAUCUCAUAACCACCAUCAAGUAGUAUCAGUUAACUGACACGCACUGUGCCUUCAGUCGUGUCUUACAGAGUGUAUCACAUGUAUUUGUGAAGAACACAAGUUGGUGUAAUGUUGAAUCAGUAAUGUAAAAGCUGUGGUUUACAGAAAAAAUUGACCAAAAAUGGUCACGUGGACCUAACUUUCCUUUUCAUAGACCAUAAAUGCUGAACCCUCUAUAAUGCACACAUCCCAUCAUGAACCUUGAAGGACCAGAGUCGUGCCAAAAGACUCUCCAAGAAAUGCACUAAUGAAACCAAAGAGAAUUCCUCAUCACUUUACCUCCAGUCGUGCCUUGUGUGUCUUCGUGUGUGUGAAGGACCAAACACAACCUCUAUGCAAAUGAAAACUGAUGAAUUUGAAUAAAUCAGAAAAAAGGAAAAAUCA